CGGGGGCUCGUAUAAAUUAGACAGCAGAAAGGAAUGACGAAGGUGGAGAGUCUAUAAAGGCACAGGACAGGACAGAACGAUACUCACUGCACCAAGUCCAAGAGAGCUAUGUCAAGCAUCUUUAGCCGUUCGAAGCAACUGCUGGAAGAAAGGGUCGGAGAGCAACUUGUGGUGAGCGCCAAGAAGAAUGAAGUCGUCUAUUUGUACAAGUGCCGUCAGUGCACCGUGACGUUGCCGGACAAAACUGCAAAACUCAUUGUUGAUAGCUGUGAUGAAGUGGAGAUUUUGCUAAAUGAUGGUUUAAUGUCUGGGACUGUUGAUGUAAUGAAAAGCAGUCAUACUAGAUUGAUAGUAGCUCCUGGCGUGAGUUUGCCGACUCUUACUAUUGAAUCGUGUGAUGACUUUCGAUUGGUGUUAAGGAAUGUGAGAACUCAGAUGAAAGCAAUCUAUCUGCUCAAUACAAAGAAUGUCAAAGUCGUGUGUCGUUCUGCAUCAGAGGCAUCAUAUUCUCUUGACCUUCCCGCAGGAAGCGACCCAAGUCAGCAGUUUGUGUCUUGCUGGGCUGGAGACAAAUUUACCGUUGAUGCUGUAGUCAGAGAGGGGGUUGGAUAUCCAACAACCGCAGCAAAGAAGGAAGAAGCAGAUAGGAGAGCUGAAUGCAUGAAAGAACGACUGAGCAACCUAGUAGAAGAGUCAAUCAAGGCUGAUCUCUGCAUUGUCUUGGGUUCCAGUCUUCGAGUUACUCCUGCUGCUCUUGUUCCUGAAGAAGUGGCCAAACAGGGAAAGCUAGUUAUUUGCAAUUUGCAGCAAACACCUCUGGAUGAUUGUGCUUCGUUGGUAAUCCAUGCAAAGUGCGAUGAUGUUAUGGUCGGAAUAGCCAAGAAACUCCAGUUUGAAAUCCCACCAUUCAAAGUUCCAAGACGGCUGCAGUUUACAAGCAAGCCGUCUCAGGAACAUGGGAGGUAUGUUGUCAGCAUCAAUGGGCUGGACGAAUCAUCAGACAUUCCAUACUCAUUUAUUCAAGAAAUAGAAGUGGCUAUAUUUUCAAAGAAAAAUGCCGUUCUGAAAACACAUCUGAAAGUCAAGUCAGAACCAAUUGAGCUGGAAUUUAAAGCAGUACAAGGAGCAGCAUGCAAAGCAACAGUUCGUGUCCAUUUCCAUGGACACUACGGAGAGGUUCCACUGGAGCUAGACAAUAAUUUUGUAUGUGGUCAGUCACAGAAAACAGUGUGGAAAAUGGCGUACAAUCCUUUGACUGGAAUAUGGGAGACUGACGUACUCCACAAUACAGACUAGAAUCUAAAUACUAUGGAUGACUUUCUUGCAUGUCCAUACAUAUAGAAACGUUAUCAUGGGAACUUGCAACUUUAUUGUCUGAGUGAGACAGAUAAAACUAUGUGUUGGUAUUGUGUUGCCUGUAUUAGCUGGUAGACUGCUUGCAUUUGUAGUGCUUGACCAAUGUUUUGGACAACUGGCAUUUGUUAUUUUCUAUGAUAAUAUCAUGCAACAUGAACCGUGCA